CGUUUUUAAUUAUUCAUACGACAGAUAAAUUAGCCUUCCGGUAGAAUCCAGUCCGCGUUUUCCCGCCACCUGACGGACGUCCAUUAAAUAGCCUGAAGUUGACUGGAGAGUGUAGCUAGCUUGACUCUGGCUGCGGUACCAAAUGGAUUGACAUUGGGUUUGUCUUUCAGGUGCUUAACUCUCUGUGGCAGCAUGCCAGGUACAGUUUGGCGUUACGUUACGUUACGUACGUUAAGAACACUGCAGAGCGAUAUGUUGGUCACGCGCGGGUCGAAGGGAAAAUGCUGAAGGAUCAGUCGUGUUGUACAGGCGGGGAAUAUUAUUAGCCCUUCAGACAGCGCUACUGUCUCUCUGGUAAUGCAACAUUCUCAAUGUAAGUUUACUUGAAAUAUUUCAAAAGUGCUGCCCAGAGUCAACUUUGUACUGUUUCCCAUGCCGGCUGUCCUGUACCGCUCCGCCCUCACUCUGUCAGCUCAACUAUGCCUCAUACUGCCAAAGUACCCAAGAGAUCAACACGUGCGUCUGUAAAGCAAAAUGUUAGGGGGUUGAAAGCGUUCAUGACCACAAGACGAACGGUCAACUCACUCAAAGCUUAUGGCUUGGCUACAAGGAGCCAAGAUGAGAUCAAAAAGUCAACAGUCAAGAAGCAGGCAGUCAAGAGGGCCCAGAGGAGUGUUGUCAUUAAGCCUGGCAGGAGGAGAGGCAAGAAUGUCCCUGUUGUCAAAGGAUCCAGGCACACCCGUGGUUCUUUGAAGCAAAGUGGCUUGUUGUCAAAACUUAAUAGUCAAGGGAAGUCACCUUGGAGCAGUCUCUCAUGUCAGAGCGUCCUACGGGACCUUGAGUCUCGCAAGAGGUCAGGUAAAGGCAGAAAAGGAGGUCAGAAGAUCAAGGAACAGGAUACUGAUACUGAAAGGUCAGAACCUCAUGAUCCUAAUUGUGAUGGCCUACAAAUGAACUCCUUUAUCCCGGCUGGAGAAGGACUUACCGUUAACAUCGACUCUGAGGAGACUGCAGAGGAGCACAGAGAGACUGUUGUUCACAACACAGACAAGGCAGAGGAGGAGAAGCUGAAAGCAAACACAGAAACUGCACAAGCUGAAAACCGCUCGGCUUCUUCCGAGCAGCCGAACGUGGCACUUGUUGAGCAGCUUGACCCCGUCAGUAACGUAGACUCUGCGUACAAAAACAAUACCUCAGGCUUAACAUCUUCCUCCCCUUCACAGGCAGAUACGUACGUUUCAGGUCAAGCUGAGAAGGUCAACGAUGAACCACACACACACACCGACUAUCCUGACGGAAACGCUCCAGAACACUCUGCAGAAGCAGGUGAAACUGUGACUUCCCUAGUGUGCCAGUCCCCACUUGAAAACUUUAUAGAUGCUCCCCAGGUGGACGAAACUGAGUUUCACAGCACUGUAGUAGACAUGGACACCAAAGAUGAAACUGAGGAUGCUGAAAUGUCAGUGAAGAAAGAGGGAGCGCUUUCUCUCCUCUCGCUGAGCGCAAGCUUUUACGACAGCGCUCUUUGUGAUACGGACCGCGUGCCGGUGUCUUUUAACAGCAGCACCGAGAGCAGCCGGUCCUCAUUCGACAGCGAGUCAGAGUUGGUCCUGGAGCACAGAACAUCAGGAAACCCUCCUUUCCAAGCUAAGGAUAUCCAGCUGCGUUUACUUCGGGUUCAAGAGAGGAAAAAGAGAAGUCACUGUGGAGUUUGCACGCCCUGCAUGCGCAAGAUCAACUGCGGGGAAUGCAGCAGUUGCCUGAACCGAAAAACAGGUCAUCAGAUCUGUAAGCUGAAGAAGUGUAUUGAGCUAAGGAUGAAGGGCUGCACUGCUGAGGUUGAGUCAGAUGGCUACUCAGUAAAUGGCACAGGUUCAGAGCAGAUGGAGGAGACCAGUGUGACACCAGAGGAAGAGGCUCAUUACAUAUCCCCAACACACAAUGUUCCACCUGACGUUCCCACGCCUCCACAGCAUGGCUUACAACCAGCACCUGCUGGAAAAGAGCCCUGGACCACUGAAAGCAGAGAUGCUUCUCUCACUCACAACAUCUCUGCAACCUCUCAAAAUGGUGCUCAACAGAUAAAACCAAACACUGAGAAACUUGUGUGUCUUACUGACCCGCAAGCCAUGUCUCGUAGAACUACGACUUUGUUUAACAAAACCCAUGGACCCGAGACGCUCCGGGACAAGAUGGUUCCUUUGAAGAAAAUCAAACUGGAGGAGCCCAUGGUGGAGAUUGACAACUCGCAUUCGAAGACCAAUGUCGAGUAUGAGGACGCUUUAUCUACAUUAGCAGCUGUUGUUUGCUUCUCCAGUACGGACCGGAAAGGUCUUGAGGAGAAGCUUUUCGGACCUCAGGCCUCAGAUGUGUGUUGUUUGAAAUCUGAGCCGAAAGAACCGCAUCCGUGUCAGUCAAAUCAAAGAGAAAGUCCAAUGGAACCUCUUCAGAAAAAUAACUUUGCACUUACCCAAUCUUUACACAAUGUCCGAUCUCUAGUCCAACAUAGGAACAUUACCGCUGAUCAGGCCAUUGCUAUUGAAGCCCUCACCCAACUGGCAGCUACCCCACAAACAAUUGAAACAGAAAACAAGAGACGGGGCUCUCCGCUAGAAAGCACGACAUCGCCGCACUCCGCUUCAUGCGACCACAUACCUCUCCGAGAGGCUAAAUCGGUUUCAGAUGGUGUCUCCAACAAGGUCUCUGUAAUCAGUUCAUCAUUGCACCAGACGUCCGUCAUCCACAGCACUUUGAACAGACAGGCCAACUUCGCCCAUCACCGCGCAUCCACCCCCAAAAAACUUUCCUUAAAGGAUCUCCUGGUGGCCAGCUCGGAAUGCGAAAAGCUAUCAAAUGCCACAGAGAACCGAAGAUACGACCAAGCACUUUGUAAAGCCGAAAGAUUCGAAGGCACUUUUAAGAAAUUCAAACAUUACGAAGGGACUUCUCGCAGGAGGGACGAAGAGGAAGUGGCUGCCCAAUUGGUUCAACUUGCAUUCAUGAUCGAAUCGAGACAGAUGCAAGUCUCAGAAAACAGUCCGCCCAACGGUAUGCCAUCUCAGACCACCAAAUACAAUGGGAAUUUCACGGGGCAGCACUUGAAAAAGCAAAGGAAACCGAGAAUGACACCAUCAAAACCAAGGAUAUCAAAGAAGAAAGUUUGCCAGGACGAUGGCAACCAAUGUAGGGUUCCUUUAGCCAGGAAAACGCCCAACAGAAAAACAACCUCGUUCAAGGCCACCAUCCAGAAAGCCAUUCUGCAACAAAAGAUGAGGUUUCAGCACAAGAGGAGCCCGUUUCUUCCACAAGCUCAAAUAGAUUUGAAAAAAUACAUCGCAGAAGCCCAUCACGAAAACAGACAACUGUUAUAUUACAGCAGCUCUCUGAAGAAAGAACAUAUAUGCUCCGGUAAACCCAACGGCUUUCACUUCAAAUACGAGCAUGCGGCUCAAAGCGACUCGCAGCCAAAUGGACUCUUUCACAAUCAUGCAAAUGACCAUCUAGGUGCUAGUCAGCUGCAGAGGCAUGAACAACAAACGAUUUCUCAGGUAUCGAAAACCUAUGACGUGCUAAAUCCCGGUGCUAAACAACAGCCUCAGCACACCGUGCCCAGUGUACCCUGUAAAGACUCUGAUCAUCAACACUUGCACACAAAUCAAAAUGGGUAUUACAGGGUGGAGAAAUCCGGUGGUGUGACUGUGCUGUCCACACCCACUGUACAUUUGCAAAAUGGUGACUUGGAGGACACUGGAGAAGAGACUCCUACCAAACACUCACUCAACAGCUUCUUGGAGUCUCCGGUGAGAUUCUUGAACACACCAACCCGGAAUCUCCUCAACACCCCCUCCAAACAGUUAACAGAGCUGCCGUCAUGUGACUGUGUGGAGCAAAUUAUCGAGAAAGAGGAGGGUCCGUACUACACGCACCUCGGAUCUGGUCCUAAUGUAGCAGCGGUUAGAGAGUUGAUGGAGAACAGGUACGGUGAGAAAGGCAAAGCAGUCCGCAUGGAGGUCGUGGUCUACACUGGCAAAGAGGGGCGGAGCUCGCAAGGUUGCCCAAUCGCCAAGUGGAUCAUUAGAAGGGGAAGCGAGGAGGAGAAGUUGCUGUGUCUCGUGCGGUGGCGUGCCGGUCACUGCUGUCAGAAUGCCGUAGUGGUCAUUUUGAUUCUGGCCUGGGAGGGCAUUCCACGUACCAUGGCAGACAAACUGUACCAGGAGCUCACGCAGACUCUCUGUAAAUAUGGCUCGCCCACAAGCCGCCGAUGCGCCCUCAAUGAGGACCGUACCUGUGCAUGCCAAGGCCUGGACCCAGAGACGUGCGGUGCCUCCUUUUCUUUCGGUUGCUCAUGGAGUAUGUACUUCAACGGCUGCAAGUUUGCACGCAGUAAAACGCCCCGGAAGUUCAGACUACAGGGAGACUACCCUGAAGAGGAGGAGAAACUGGAGAAACAUCUGCAUAACUUGGCAACAGAUUUGGCACCCGUGUACAGAAAACUCGCUCCUGAGGCCUUUCAGAAUCAGGUAGAGAUGGAGCAGCUGGGACAGGACUGUCGGCUGGGCAGGAGGGAAGGUCGACCGUUUUCUGGUGUCACAGCAUGUGUGGACUUCUGCGCUCAUGCCCACAAAGACACACAUAACAUGACCAAUGGAAGCACUGUGGUAUGCACUUUAACCAAGGAGGACAACCGCGCUGUGCGCAACAUUCCGGAGGACGAGCAGUUGCACGUUCUGCCUCUCUACAAGAUCUCUGACACAGAUGAGUUCGGCAGGGCUGAGGGCCAGUGGGCUAAAAUGAAGACCGGGGCAUUGCAGGUCCUCUCCUCUUUCCCGAGGGAAGUGCGGAUGUUAGCCGAGCCUGUCAUGUCGGCCCGCAAGAAGAGGCUGGAAGCUAAAAGAGCACAUGCUGAAAAACUUAACGCUCUGGACAAUAAGCAGGUCACCCCUGUGAAAGUGAAGAACGAAACCCAUAAAGGUUUCAAACACACCUCUGUUGGACAUUCACCAAGUUUGGAGAAAGAAGCUCAAAACGAAUGUUCCACCAUGCGAUUGCCUAGGGUUCCAGAAAUAGGAAGCACAUUUUCAGACUUUCACUCUUCUGAUCCAUACGUUAGCACGCAGUCCUCAUCACCUCACUCUGAGUUUUCCCAAACCCAGCUUGUUUCCUCUGGUGGAACCCCCCAUGCUUCUCUUAAAAAUGGUCCUGGAGUGGAGACCAUUAGACAGACCUCGGAACAGAAACCGUUCAGAAACCAGCUGUUUUAUAAUUCCCAUAAUCCCUCGGACUACUCCCCCAAACCUGAGGAGUUGCGGUGCUUCCAGGGCAGCGGAGAGAGCAACGUGGUAGCCGAGCCGCCCUGGAAGCACCGCAACGCCGAGGGUCUUCAAAGUCAGUUGAGCAGACCCUCGCGAGCACAGCCAGGCCAAGACCACCACAACCUAACCGUUCCUCCAGAAGUGGUUAAAGCAGAGGAGGUGUGGUCAGACAGCGAGCACAAUUUCCACGACGCUGACAUAGGGGGCGUGGCCGUGGCUCCGUCUCACGGCUCUAUCCUGAUCGAAUGCGCUCGACGGGAGCUACACGCGACCACUCCGAUCCUGCGACCCAACCGCACGCACCCCACCCGCAUCUCCUUGGUCUUUUACCAGCACAAGAGCCUGAACGCACCGGGCCAUGGCCUGCAACAGUGGGAAGCCAAAAGGGCAGAAAAGGCCAGGGAGAAGGAGGAAGAGGCUGAGCGUAUGGGACAAGGGGCGUUGGGGACCAAACUUGACACGUCAAAGGAUUCGAGUACGGAGACUGAAGACGAGUACGAGACUUACGAGAAGGAGAGACACAAGCUUCAGGUCCCCACCCGUCAGUCACUGACAGUUACACGGGACGGCGUCAUCACGUCAGCCCCGUAUUCCCUAACAACCGUCACUGGGCCUUAUAACUGCUGGACGUGAUGUUUUUACAUGCUUUUUUAGCCAAUGCCUUACCUCAGCUAGUUCACAUCCUAUCACAGCUGUUUUUACAUGUGCCCUUUUUAAGUUGUGCUCCUUGACUACCGUUUGUGGGUUUUUAACUGUGAGUUUUAGCGCGUGCGUCUGCGUGUGUGUUUUUUUUUAUUGUUUGAAGAGAUGGUGCUCAGAACAGAUGUUAUAAAACUGGUUUUAUACAUAUAGAUUAAAUUAGUGCAUAGAAGAUGUGAUUAUUUAUUCUGAUCCGUUUCGAAACGAUUUUGUAAUUUAAUUUCUGGUCCAAGCCUGUUUACUGCAAUAGGAUCACGUCAGCCUUUAAAUGAGGUGCGUAGUAAACACUCCGAAUUGACAUUGUCAAAUGUGAAUUCUGGUUUCUCGUUUCAGCCGUGGGUGCUCUAAUGUCUGAUACUCCGUAGAAGAGAUUUCAUGGUGCCAUUGUAGCGGUAAGACAUUUGAAAAAUACAUGCGUCAUUAUAAAAACUUUACAUUAGAUUGUUGGUCAUGUAUUUCAAAUGAAUAGCGUUUGGCUUCGUCUUAAGACUUUUCUUGGGAAUGAAGGUACAUUGUUCUUGCAUUGUGAGUUUCCCGUAAUAGACGAGCACUUUGUAUCUUCAAACCAGUUUUCCGAUAUGCAUGUUUGUUUGUUUCAUCAUCUGCUGUCUACAGUCGAAUUAUGUUUGGUUGUUCUGGAACUCAAUCAUGAUUAUGAAACUUUGCAUAUAUGAGCAAUAAUCAUGGAGGGUUAUAUGCUGCAUUGACCAACGUGUUACCAAUUCAUGUUAAUCUAAAAGAAAAAAUAAUUUGUUUUUUUCCGACUCCCAAAAAGUUUGAAACGUGACUUGAAAACAGCAUCAUUAUUUUAUACAUAAUUACAAAUAUUUAAUCAAGCGUGCUAAAAUAUGUUCAAAACAAAUUUACUGUAUGUUUUUCACUGGUGCUUUGAAAGAGAUCUCACAAAACCUGAGAUCUCAUUUCAUGUGUUUUUAUUGCUGCAUAGCGCAUUUUAUUUAAGAAACAAAACAUUUUAUACAAACAAAGGGUUGUUAUUUUUUUAUUUAAAUGCAUUGAAUGGAAAGAUCAGCUACACGUAUUUUGUAUGUAUUCAGAGGCCUAAUCGACACAUUGGCUUAAGAAAAAAAUAAGGUUUACAUUUGGUUUAAAGCGAACGUAAGACUAAGAAAUGUCUGUUUUUGUCCACUCUUCUUCUUUAAGGUGCUAAAGAGUGUGCAUCAGUGUUUAAAACCAUUGUACAUUGUUACAAGCACUUGAAACAACAACUGUUCGUGUAAGUUGUGAGAAAUCUUACACAUCAUCUCUAAAAAAAGGUGCUUUGACUAUUAACUAGUACUCUACAGUCUCAAAGGUAGACAAGCUCUACAUUAACCCAAUGUGAACCUACAGUUUUGGGCAACUUGAAGUCACAUAGUGGCAUGGGUAAAUACACGCUACUGUCUCUUCAGUUACUGUUUUGCUGAACAACGAAACUGUUAAACCAACAAGACUAUAUAUGGUAACCCUGAGUGUGUAUAUAGCUCAGGACAAUGGUUUUUGGUGCUUAUGCAUAGUACUGGAUUCGGUAUGCAUUGACAAAUCACAUUUAGGUGCACUUUGAAAAAAUGCUGGGUUGUUUUCAAUCCACGGUUGGUUAACAGCAACCCAGAAUAGGUUAAUUUAUAAUGUUGACUUUAUGCACCACACAUAAUACUAUGACCUUGCAGUCAACCCAUGGUUACAGAUUGAAAGGAAAACAUCAGUACUCUUUGGUGGGUCUAUUUAACUAAAGAAUUACCAAUUCAAUUUGUUUCAAAGAUCACACAAUUUAUGCAUUUUUCUAAUAUGUUGUGUUUCAUGAUUUGUUUUUAAUUUGUAUGGUCACUAAAACCAUGAAUAUCUGUUUAAAUUUUUAAAUUUAUAUUCUGUAUGUUCAUCUGGGAGUUUUUGUCGUUUUUGGUUUGUUUGGUUUUUGCAGCUUUCGAUUUAUGAGUAAAAUAACGUCUGCAGAUAACAUGAUUUUCUCAUUUUGUUCCGCAUAUAAAUUACACAUAGUCAUACAUCAAACGAGAACUUUAAAAUGUUGUGUGCUUUAAAAAUGUCACAAACAAGUUUACUACAUAAAGACAGUUAUUGACAUCGCACGUCUAUCAUACUCUUUAUAUCAAACUCAACUGUGUGACUUGGUGUAAUUAAAAACAAGAGUCUGGAUUUUAGUCAUAAGUCGAAACUGCGGUUCUAUUAGAAAUUCCAGAGGAAACCCAUUGAUACAACAAAACACAAAGGUUUAGGACUACAAACAGAAUGGCUUUGUUACUUAACUUAUUUACACUCUUAAAAGUAAAGGUGCUUCAAAAGGUUCUUCACAGUGAUGUCCUAGAAGAACCAUUUUAGGUUCCCCAAAGAACCAUUCAGUCAAAGGUUCUUAAAAGAACCAUCCUUUUCAUAGUCUAAAGAACCCUUUUCCACUACAAAGAACAUUCUUUAUGGAACCACACAGCCAAAAAUCAAUUUUCUGUGGCAUCUUUAUUUUUAAGAUUGUACGUAUAAACUUGAGGUAAAUGAUCUCAUUUAAGUUGUCAAGAAGACAAGACAUGCAUGUAUAGCUACAUUAUAGUGAAUGAAAUAUUGUUACAUUCCUUUCCAACCUCAUAUAUUCACCUGACUAUUCACAAUGGAUAUGUCUUGCAUGUUUCUCACUGUUGUCUGUCUUUGUUUUGUUCUUUUCUCAGGUAGUCUCUGUGCUUUAAUGUAACUUUGGACAUAAGCUUUUAGGAUUCUCAUGCUGUCUUCCAAUUAAAUUCUCAAAAAUGUACUUUUACUUUUGCUUAUUUUUAAAAUGGAAAAUUUGUUUCCCUUAUCUCAUCUUCAUUUAUAUUACCAGUUUGGCAGUUGUUCUAUGUACGGUGAAUGCCUGUACCGGUUUAAAAGCUGACGUUUGUAAUCUCUACAUAAUAGUCACCAAACCAUUUUUUUAAAUAAUAGUUUUUUUAUCAAACAUUUACCCCAUCUUUCAUUGGCUGGAAAACAGAUAGUCCUGGCCCAAACUUACUCCAUUGGUUAUAACAGUGUUGCUGUGUUGGGCUGGUUAGGAUGCUCAAACAAACAGGUCAAUGUAUUGAUGGCAGCACAAAGCCACAUUGUUCACACUUUUCAUUGAAAUCAGCCAACCAGUUGCUUACUUUAUGUCUGCUUAUUACGGGAUAGGAAAUAGUAUUUUAACAUGAAAAAUUACACACUUUAGCUUUAAGUAUGAAUGUAAGCUAUUGCGGCAAUGUUAUGUGGAAUUUUACACCUCUUAUUUUGAAAGCAAACAAGCUAUGAACUUGAAUACUUAUUCAUUCUUUGUGUGACUUGAAAUGUUUUGUCAUGGAAAGAAAACACCAGCUUUAGAGAUUUUACCUUUAGAAAAUAAAGUGCACAGUACAGU